AUGCAUUCAUCUGAAACAAAACCAGUAAUUUAUGGUGAUAUAAAAAGCACAGACUUGAGUAGAUGGCGACUAAAAGUUGAACAUGGUAAACAAACAUGGCAUUAUUUGGAUAAUGAUGAUGAGGCUAAAAGUUGGCCUCAAUCUGUCAUUGAAAAGUAUUGGAUUGGAUUAGCUUUUGUAACUGACAAAAAAAAACAAUUCAUCAGCACUAUCUCUAAUCUCAAUUUAAAAAUUAAUGCGAAUAUAAAAAAGGAAUCGAAAACAUUUGAAAAACCAAAAACAGCUUUUGAAGCUGCGCAAAAUGGGUUCGAAUUUUUUAAACAAUUACAAACUUCUGAUGGACAUUGGGCAGGCGAAUAUGGUGGUCCAAUGUUUUUGAUAGCAGGACUUGUUUUCGCAAUGUAUAUUACGCAUAUUCCUAUCCCGGAAACUUGGAGAAUCGAAAUUACUCGAUAUUUGGUAAAUAAAGCAGAUCCUGUUGAUGGUGGAUGGGGGUUGCAUAUUGAACAUCAUUCAACAGUAUUUGGAACUGCUUUGAAUUAUGCUUCGCUUCGUAUCUUAGGUCUUGAACCCGAUCAUCCAGUAAUGGUAAAAAGUAGAGCAACUUUGCACAAACUUGGAGGUGCAAUCGGUGUGCCUUCAUGGGGAAAAUUUUGGCUAGCAUGUUUAAAUGUGUAUGACUGGGAAGGGCUUAAUCCAAUUCCGCCAGAACUAUGGCUUCUUCCAAGCUCUGUACCUUUCCAUCCAUCUCGUUUUUGGAUUCAUACUCGUGCAGUAUACCUCCCAAUGGGAUAUUGUUAUGGACGUAGAUUAAGUGCUGAAGUUACUCCAUUAAUCGAACAACUUAGGCAGGAAUUAUACAUUCAACCAUAUGAGACGAUUAAUUGGUCUAGUGCACGAAAUAAUAUUGCAGAAGCUGACCUUUAUGAUCUAAUGUAUUUUGUCAUUUUAGUUGUACUCAAUAUUUAUGAAAAACUUCCUAAUCUUAUUGGACUUCGAGAACUUUCUAUUCGGGAGAGUUAUGAAUUAAUUAAAUAUGAAGAUGAAAAUACGAAUUUUCUUGAUAUUGCACCUGUUAGUAAAGUAAUACAUAUUCUUUGUACAUAUUAUGAGGAAGGGCCAGAUUCUGAAGCAUUCAAGCUUGCCAAAGAUAGAUUAAUUGAUUAUAUGCUAGGUCCAGAAGGAAUGAUGAUGAGUGGUACAAAUGGCACUCAAGUUUGGGAUACUGCUCUCGCAGCCAUUGCCAUAAUUGAAGCAGGAUUGGCAGAUGAUCCUUCAAACUACCAAUCAAUGAUACAUGCACUAGAAUUUUUAGACGAUGCACAAAUAAAAACAAAUCCCAAAGAUAGUGAAAGAUGUUAUCGUGAUAAAACAUUAGGUGCUUGGGGUUUUAGUACUCGUGAACAGGGUUAUACUGUUUCAGAUUGUGCUGCUUUAGGUAUUAAAGCGGUACUUGGUCUUCAAAAAAAACUUGGUUACACGCCAGAUUUAAUAUCUAAUGAACGACUUUGUCAGACUAUUGAUAUAUUAUUAUCUAUGCAAAAUACUGAUGGAGGUUUUGCGAGUUAUGAACGUACUAGAGGUCUAACAAUUCUUGAAUGGUUAAAUCCUGCCGAAGUUUUUGGAGAUAUUAUGAUUGAAUAUAGUUAUCCAGAAUGUACAAGUUGUGUCUUAACAGCUCUAAAUAAUUUCCAGAAAUGGUAUCCUGAUUAUAGGGCUGAUGAAAUUAAGGGAAUUACCAAGAAAGCAAUUACAUACUUACAUAAUUCUCAAGAUGAAUAUGGUGGCUGGUAUGGUGCUUGGGGUAUUUGUUACACAUAUGCUGCCUUUUUUGUUAUUCCAUGUCUUGAAAGUUUUGGCGAAACAUAUGAAAAUAGCGAGGUAGUUAAAAAAGGAUGCGACUUCUUGAUUUCUAAACAAAAGGACGAUGGUGGUUGGGUGGCUUAUAUACAACAUGAAAACUCCCAAGUUGUAAAUACUGCUUGGGCAUUGCUUGCUUUAAUGGCAGGUAAAUAUCCAAAUGAAGAACCAAUCCGGCGUGGUAUUCAGCUUAUUGCAUCACGACAAUUACCAACAGGUGAAUGGAAGCAAGAGGCUAUAGAAGGAGUAUUUAACAAGAAUUGUGCAAUUUGUUAUCCAAAUUAUAAAUUUAUUUUUACAAUUUGGGCAUUAGGGAAAUAUGCCAAACUUUACAAUAAUCCUGUAAUUGUCUAG